AUGAGCCAGUAUCUGUCUACUCCACGUUACACUCACUAUGCCAAUGUUUUGCGCAUUCUUCGAUAUCUGAAGGGCACUCUCUUCCAUGGCCUUUUUUACUCUGCUCAGUCUCCACUUGUUCUCUGUAUAUUCUCUGAUAUUGAUUGGGCAGGAGAUCCCAUUGAUCGCAGGUCCACCACUGGUUAUUGUUUUCUCUUUGGCACUUCUCUGAUUUCUUGGCGAAGUAAGAAACAAACCCUUGUGGCCUGCUAUAAUACUGAAGUAGAAUAUUGUGCCCUUGUUGAUACCACAUCUGAGCUCCUUUGGCUACAAUGGCUUCUCAAGGACUUACGUGUGUUCACAUCCUCUGCUACUCCUCUUUAUUGUGACAAUCAAAGUGUCAUUCAUAUAGCUCACAAUGAUGUCUUCCAUGAACAGACUAAACACAUCAAGAUUGAUUGUCAUUUUAUGCGUUAUCAUCUUGUCCAUGGUGCUCUCAAGAUCUUCUCAGUUUCUUCUAAAGAUUAG